UAAUUAUGGUUUUGACGAUGACGAUUUUGAGGAGCAGGAUGUGGAUGAUCGGUUUGAUGAUGGUGGACACGUAGGUUACAACCCUGGGAUGAAUGACAAUGACGAUUAUGAAGAUUACGACGACGAUUUUGUGAAGAGAGCCGCGAUAUGCAGUGUGAGCGGUGGGAGUGCUAGCGGGGGGGGCCCAGCGUUCAUGCCCCGGAAACUGCUCUGCUACCCCUCUAGACGGAACAACAACGAGCUGAAGGCGAUCUUCCUGAAGAAUGAGGAAUACAACAAACAGUUCGAGUUAAGCCUGACCUACAUGAGCAAAGAUAAUAAUUUCCUGUUGAAAAAAAUAGCUAGCUACUUCAACAUGCUAGUUAAGUUAGAAUUUAACAAAACAAAUAUAGCCUAUUACAUAUACAACAAAACCAUAGCGUGUAAUUUUAAGUACCACAUGCAGCAACUAUUGAAGAAGAAAUGGAAGAAGCAGCUGGAGGAUAAGUACCUGAGUUACACUGACGAACAGGUGAGGUCGAACAAUAACUUCCUUUAUAACACCACGCCCCAGUAUAAGGAGCAUCUAGGAGACAACAACAUAGUAUGGAAGCAUUCGAACAAAAAUCUGACUGAACAAUGUUUUGAGAAAUGUCACAAGGUUUUUUUUAAUGAAAGCGAAUUUAACAACUGCUAUAAGAAUGAGAAUUACGUGUACGAGAUGUCUCUCUUUAAAGAUAACUCCAUAAAACCGAUUAAAAAAGCUCAGGUGAAAAAUAUAUCCUCAUUAGGUAGAUACAUAGCUAUGUACUACCAUGGAAAUGAUUAUGUUUCCAUUUUGAGAGACUUUACCACGUAUGUUUAUUUCAGAGUUAAGAACAUGCUAGAUUUGAUUCUGUUUAAAGAUGAGGAAAAUGAAGUUGGGUUCUACUACAUAUCCUUCGAUAAAGGAAAACAGCUAGUCCAUCUCUUUAGAUGUGGACUCAAUUCUUACCAAGUGAGUUGCAAGCAAAUAUCUUUUAUCCCAUAUGAAGACAUUGCCUCAGAUAUUGAACCCAAGGUAUAUCUGUCGACUGUCCAAAGUCAUGAUCUAUAUACUGUUUUUAUCAGUACGAAGACGAAGCUUUGGAAAUUGUACAAAGAUAAGGAUGGAAACUACAGCAGAAAAGUUAUGGAUUCUGUUAAAAACGCUAAUGAGGAAUAUCUUGGACAUAUUAACUGCUACAUCGUGGAGACUACAUAUGAACGGAAGUUGCUCUACAGGUAUUUGAAGAAUAUUACAAAUGUAGAGGAGAAUAUCGUUGCUUGUUCUUACUUUAAGCACUUUAUCCAUUUUGAGAACUCCUUGUUGAUCUCCUUCAUCGAGAAUAGCCACUUUAUUCAGCGUACCUACCACGUGGUUCGAAACAAGGAUUUGAUCAUCUCCAGCGGAAAGACCAAGCUAACCAUACAGGUCAACGAGCUCUUCGACAUAUUUAUGCUGUUCUUCAUAAUCCUCUGCGUUAUCCUCAGUGUCUACACCAUAGUGCGCAUUUUAUUCACCAAGUA